CGGUAUUCGGAAGGCGAACGUCGGCGGUCUCUGCACCUCCAGUCGGCAGCAGCGGCCGGUCGGCCCUCGUUUUUUUCUUUUUUAAAACCACGGCUUGUGAUCUCCGGGAGUCCGGAGCAUGGUCCCGGGUCACCGCUGGUGGAACGAGGACGCCGAGAGGGAGGGAGGAUGGUGGGCUGGAGGGUGGCGGUUCUAUGUUUGUGGGUCUCCUGCGGCUCUGCAGCGGGACAGCUCGAAUACUCCGUGUCGGAGGAGACCGAACGGGGCGUAGCCGUAGGCAGUGUUGCCCAGGACUUGAAGCUGUCAGCGGCCGCUUUGUCCUUGCGGAACUUUCGCUUCCUUUCCAGCCACGGCGAGCCCUACUUCGAGGUCGAUCUGGCCAGCGGAAGCUUGGUGGUCAGAGAGCCGGCGGAUCGCGAACGGCUGUGCGGGGACAAAGCUGCCUGCGUCCUGACCUAUGAGCUGGUACUGGAGGACCCGCUGGAGCUGCACAAGAUUCACGUUCACGUCCUGGACACCAACGACAACUCGCCUCACUUCCCUGCCGGCGACGUGCAGUUGCACAUUCCCGAGUUCCUGAUGCCCGGAGCCCGUUUUACUCUCCGUAAUGCCCAAGAUGCCAACGAGGGAAGCAAUGGGGUGCUAAGCUACAGCCUGAGCCCCAGCCAGCACUUCCGCCUGGACAUGGGGUCGGCGCGGGUCGACGGCAGCGAAUACCCGGAGUUGGUAUUGGAGAAAGGGCUGGAUCGGGAGCAGCGUGCCACCCACCGGCUGGUGCUCACCCGGGACGGCGGGCCGCCGGCGCGCUCCGGAGACGCACAAGUCAACGUCGUCGUGGUGGACACAAACGACAAUGCACCUGUAUUUGAGCGCUCAUUAUACCGCACCAAGGUGCCAGAGACUGCACCCAACGGGACUGUGUUAUUCCGAGCUCAAGCCUUGGACCCGGAUGAAGGCUCCAAUGGGGAAAUCCGGUACUCCUUAAGCAAUAGCACGCAGGCAAAGCUGCGACACCACUUUCACGUGCACCCUAGAAAUGGGGAAGUGCGGGUAGCUGCUUCACUAGGUCCGCCUGAAACGCUGUUGGAGGCAUACAUCGAGGCGAGGGAUGAAGGCGCCUUCGGUCUAGCCAGCACCGCCAAACUGCUGGUGGAAGUGACUGAUGUGAACGAUCACGAUCCCGAGGUGAACCUCCCCACUUUCUCCAGUCCAGUUUCCGAGGACCCCGCCGCUGGCACAGUGAUUGCUCUCAGUGUAAGGGAUGAGGACCUUGGUCCCAAUGGUAAGGUCGUUUGUAGCAUGUCCACUGGAGGCCCUUUUAAGCUGAAGGCUUCCUUUGAAAAAUACUACAGCUUGCUGACUGAUGGGCCGUUGGACUGGGAGCAGGUCAGUGAAUACCAGGUCCUGAUCACCGCCUUAGAUGGUGGCUCGCCCCCACUUAGCACCCGCAGGACACUGACUGUGUCAGUUGCUGAUGUGAACGACAAUACACCAAACUUUCCUCAACCGAAACAGGAACUUCUCGUGGCUGAAAACAAUGGCCCUGGGGCCUCCCUAGGAUGUGUGUUUGCCCUGGACCCAGAUCUGGGGAAGAAUGGCAUUGUCUUUUAUGAGCUGUUGGAUAUUAUCUCUGAAGGGCAGGCAGCCUCUAACUUGGUGGCAGUAGAUUCCUCCAGUGGGGCUAUCACUGCCAAAAUUUCCUUUGACUUUGAGCAGCUCAGGGAGUGUCACUUCCAAGUGGAAGCCCAGGACGGUGGCAUUCCUCCCAGAAGUGCAACAGCGACUGUGAACUUGUUUGUGGUAGACAGGAACGACAAUGCUCCAGUCAUCUUGUUUCCCUUGCCCAGAAAUGGCUCUGUCCCAGUGGAAAUUGUGCCCCGCUCUGCCAGAACAGGACACGUGGUCACAAAAGUGGUAGCAGACAGUGGCUCCAAUGCUUGGCUUUCUUACCACAUCUCUCAGGCUUCUGACUUGAGCCUUUUUAGAAUUUCAGCCAAUAUGGGAGAGCUCCAUACUGCUCGCUUAGUUCUUCCCACUGAUGCAGUUAAACAGAGGGUGGUGGUAGUGGUUCGGGACCAUGGAGACCCAUCACUUUCCACCUCUGUCACACUGGGCAUUCUGUUGAGCAACUCUGUCCCUCGGGUCCUUCCAGACUUUGAAGAUGGCUGGGAAAAAGGCGGGCACCUUUCUGCCCAGAACCUGUAUUUAGUAAUUGCCCUGGCCUGUAUUUCCUUUUUAUUUCUGGGGUGCUUACUUUUCUUUGUGAGUAGCAAGCUGAGCCAGGUCCCAGGUUGUUGCUCUCAGAGCUGCUGUCGCUCUCCAGAGGAGUUGAGAUAUGGGAGCAAGAUGGCUUCGAAUCCUUGCAUGACAUCUGCCACAAUAGAUGUCACUACAGUCGAAAGACUUUCUCAGACCUAUCUCUGUUGGGCCUCUGUGGGACUUGGUUCUGACAAUAACAGUUUGCUGUUGCGUGGGGAAUACAGUGCUGCUGACCUGAGAAAUUUGGCCUCUGGGGUAGGACUGAAUGUGCCAAUAUCCUGUAUUCAGAUUCACAAUAGGAAAGGGGAUCAUGCAAAUGUCAAGGCCGUGGUAAGCAAAUUUUAUGGGAUAUGAUUCCCUUGACCAGGAAAUGACCACUAGCUACUGAAAUGUUUCUUAGAUGAGCCUUUGGCAACAUUUAAUCCAAUGAAUUGAAAGCUCCUGCUUAGCAUCAGCUGUGCUAAGGAUUCUGGGAAGAUAUAGGUGUUAAAAGAGACUGACCUUGGC